AUGCUGUGGAUGGUUGACUGGUUCACUGACCACAUCAACUGCCAAGCACCCCACUUCAACAGCCUGUUCCUCAUUCUGGGAACAGAGGUGCAGGAUGCCUUCUUGGUCUUGUGGGUGGGUGAGGUCAAUCUGCUGGUUCUGCCCUUCUACCUUGUCCUGUGGGUGCUUCAGCACCUUGUUGAGUGUUGA